AUGGAGGCCCUGCAGAGACAGCAGGAAGCCCGACUGGCCCAGGGGGUGGGGCCUUUGGCCCCUCCACGCCCACCACCACCACCGCCGCAGCCUUCCUUUCCUGGAUCCCGGACCCUGCAGGCCCCUGACGGGGGCUUGGGGGAGGUUGGACCUGAGGAAGAGGAGGAUGCCCAAGAGGAUGAGGAAGGAGAGGAAGCUGGCGCAGAAGAGGAGGCAGCCGAGGAGAGCCACUCAGGGACCCGGGGCACCAGCUCACCUUCCAGCCAGCCCCCUGGACCUCAUCCCCAUGAGUGGACCUAUGAGGAGCAGUUCAAGCAGCUGUACGAGCUCGAUGCAGACCCCAAGAGGAAAGAAUUUCUGGAUGACCUGUUUAGCUUCAUGCAGAAGAGGGGGACGCCAGUGAACCGUGUGCCCAUCAUGGCGAAGCAGGUGCUGGACCUGUACGCGCUGUUUCGCCUGGUGACGGCCAAGGGCGGUCUGGUGGAAGUCAUCAACCGCAAGGUGUGGCGGGAGGUAACGCGCGGCCUCAGCUUGCCCACCACCAUCACGUCGGCCGCCUUCACUCUACGCACCCAGUACAUGAAGUAUCUGUACCCGUACGAGUGCGAGACGCGGGCGCUCAGCUCCCCGGGGGAGCUUCAGGCCGCCAUCGACAGCAACCGGCGGGAAGGCCGUCGUCAAGCUUACACCAACGCCCCACUCUUCGGCUUGGUGGGGCAGUCCCCUCGGGGCACUCUUGGCCCCGCCUCGUGUUCCGGGCCCGCCCCUCCCGCGCCCACGCCCGGCCCCAGCACUGCUCAGGGCUCCGCCUCCGGCCUGCCGGCGCUCGCCUGCGCGCAGCUGAGCCCGAGCCCGAUUAAGAAAGUGGAGAGCAGAAUUCCAACCCCUCGACUGGCACUGCCGGUGGGCCUAGCCUUUGGACCUGCGCGUGAGAAGGUGGCACCAGAGGAGCCCCCAGAGAAGAGGGCUGUGCUGAUGGGGAACAUGGACUCACCUCGACACGGCGCACCCCCCAGUUUCCUGUCCCGUGGCAAGGUUCCCCUGAGGGAAGAGCAGUUGGAUGGGCCUCUCAAUCUGGCAGGCAGUGGUAUCAGCAGUAUCAACAUGGCCCUAGAGAUCAACGGGGUGGUCUACACUGGUGUCCUCUUUGCCCGUCGCCAGCCCGUGCCAGCUUCCCAGGGUCCAGCCAACCCUGCACCCCCACCCCUGGUGGGGCCCCCUUCCAGCGCCUCACCCUGA